AUGUCGAAGGAAACUAUGAUGUGUGGAAUCUGUAUUCAAUCGAUUACCGACGCUCAUGCAGUAACGAAUGAUGUUUGUAAACAUUGCUUUCAUUUGACAUGUGUGAAAGUGAGAUAUGUUUUGGAUUCGAUAGCUGAUGUUGCGGAUUAUAUUGCUGAUAAGUGUCCGAUUUGUCUUACUCCACAACCGCAACCGGAGUCUAUUACAAAAAUACUGGAAAACAUAAAUGAAAAACUGGGGUUAAUUAGAGAUGUUAAAAUGCAAGUUCAUGGUAAAGUUCGUCGGAACAUUACGGCUGAUAUAUUAGUUCAAGGUGCGCGUAAACUACCGGUUUACAUCAACAGACGAUUCCCAUCUACACUGUACAAAUUACGUCAGAGUAUUGUGAGGCAAUUUCCGAUGGUAAGCAAGAAAAAUGUUUGGAUUGCGGCAGGUGCGUUUCGAGAUCAUUUUCGGGUUUUGGACUAUGAUGUUAUCGCUGUUUCUGAAUCGUGGCUGUCUUCAAAUGUUGUUGAUGCUCAAAUGAAUCUUCCUGAGUUUCAGCUGCUUCGUAAUGACUGGAAGACACGUCACGGUGGAAGUGUUUUGCUAUUCAUAGGUAAUACAUUGUCUUCAAGAAUUAUUAACUGUUCCUCGAACCUGCUGGAUGGUUACCCAGAGUACAUUAUUGCUGAAGUGUAG